AUGGCCCACUUGCUUACAAGCAAUUGUUGGGUGUGCGUUAUUGAUUAUGGGGUAAUACAUACCUUUGGGAAGAUUUGGGAAGAAAGGGGAUUGAUAAAUUCCCAAGGAAAGGACUUAAUACAUCAAGAAUUAAUAAAGCAACUCUUAGUGGCCCUACGAAAACCAAAGAAGAUAGCGGUGGUACACCUUAGAGGACACCAACAGGGGACCGAUUACAAGACUAGAGGAAAUAAUGCAGCAGACCUAGAAGCUAAGCAAGCUGCCCUCAGGGAAUUGGUCCUGAGGCAGGAGAGGCAGGAAGAAUUGACACAUGAUGAGGCCCCUUCGUUUACACCGAAGGAAGAACAAAAACUGAAUCAAAUGGGAAUAACUAAAAACACAGAAGGGAGGUGGUAUCUAGCUGACGGGAGAGAGGUACUGCCUAAGUCAAUAGCAUCUCAGGUGCUGACCCAGUUGCACGAACGGACCCACUGGGGAAGCCAAGCUUUAAUAGAUCAUUUUGCCACUAAGCCAUUUUCUAGAGUCCAAAUUGACUUUACCGAAUUUCCUAAAGUAGGAAGAUAUAAAUAUGUAUUAGUCAUAAUAGACCACCUCACACAUUAUGUAGAGGCAUUCCCCACAACUAAAGCAACAGCUCAGGUAGUAACAAAAAUAUUACUCGAACAAAUCAUCCCUAGGUAUGGGGUAACAGAAGUAAUAGAUUCAGAUCAAGGACCACACUUUACAUCAAGAAUCACUAGAAAUAUAGCUGAAGCCUUGGGAAUAAAAUGGGAAGAACAUACUCCCUGGCACCCACAGAGUUCAGGGCGAGUAGAGAGAAUGAAUGGGGAACUAAAAAAGCAAUUGGCCAAAUUAACACUAGAAACUAAGCUCUCAUGGAUAAAAUGCAUUCCCCUUGCCCUCUUAAACCUUAGGGCCCAGCCCCGGGCUGACAUAGGAAUAUCUCCCUUCGAAAUGUUAUACGGAAUGCCAUAUGAUGCAGGAACCCCUAAAGAUCACCCGGGGGUGUUAGAUAAGAACAUUCAAGCUUAUAUCACGGAAUUAAUGAAGUAUAAACAGGAAUUGUGGAAAAAGGGACAAUUGACUCAAAGACCCCCUCUGGACAUUACCCUCCAUCGAAUAAAGCCUGGAGAUUGGGUUCUGAUAAAGACCUGGAGAGAAACCACACUGCAGCCUCGCUGGGAAGGUCCCUAUCUGGUAUUAUUGACUACCAAUACUGCCAUCAGAACUGCUGAAAAAGGAUGGACACAUGCUAGUCGUGUUAAGGGUCCAGUACAAAAUCACGAAUGGAGAGUCACUAGUCCAGCGGGUGAUUUGAAAGUAAAACUGUCACGAAACCCUCCGUCAAGGAAAAUGAGAACAUGAAUUAACAAUGAUUGUAUAAACGUAUCAGUAUAGAAUUUAAUGUAGAAGGGAAUAUUUUGACUAUUGUGAAUGCAACUGUUGGGAUAUGUUUUAGAAAGGUAGUGGACCCACUGCGAAAACAGGGAUACACAAAUUGGUUAUUAGCCUUCAGAGUGGCCGUGGAAAUUUUAAUAGAAGGGGGUAAACCUGGGGGUGAAUUUGGAUCCUUACCAGCAUCACUUAAGUGUAUAACCAGUGGGAAAAAGAAUAGGGUGCAGUACCCCAAAGACCCACUUAAAAGGGAAGCAAAACCAGCCCCUCCUGAAGAAUACUCUUGCUGCCGAGAAGAUUAUACACCCCAUGGCUCGAGGCAACCGAGUCGAUGGGCGAGGCAGAGGAGAUAAAACAUGUGGAGGGGUCUGCUCCAUUAUGAAUGAAUCCAAAGAUUUAGGAUCCAGAAGAUACCCCAAGACUGGAAAUAACUCCCCCGAACAAUUAAAGACUCACUACUGCAGUGGGAAAACUGCCUAUCUAAAACUAGCUCAAUUGAUAAUAAUAUUAAGUCUCAUUAAUGAGGGUUGGGGUACAGAGGUACAGACACAUGAGCCAUUUAAGUGGUCCCAUCAGAAGUAGUGUUACAAAAUAGAAGGGGGUUGGAUCUUCUCCUAUUGCAGCAAGGGGGACUAUGUGUGGCUCUUAAAGAACAAUGUUGCACCUACGUUGAUCAAACGGGGGUAGCAAUAGAUACAAUGGCUGAACUAAGAAAACAGUUAGAACAAAGAAAAAGAGCCCAGGAGUC